ACCCCGUCUCCAUCACGUCCCACUCCCAGCCCAACCACUGCAACGACGAAAUCCAGAGAACCUGAAACUCAUUUCUCUUCCGAUGGGGCCGAUACCCACGGGCCGCACUGCUACACCUACUUUUUCCUCUCACGUCGAGAGAAAAAACAAAACAAAAGCAGAUGCAAAGAGUGCGUGAAUAUGUAUUGCAAGACUCUUAUCGGUUUUCACUUUUUGAGUAUAGAAUUAAAGCAACUACCACCAUCCUGA